AAUAAUCUUUUACAACUAUAUAAAGGACAAUAAUAUUUAAUAGAUGCAAAGAGAAUUCAUACUUUAAAAAUAUAAAUUGUUAAAAUCAAUUUUUAAAUACGAAAGAAAAAGUAUGGUAAAAAUUGUCAAAUUUGUUUACAUUAUAAUUAUCUUCAUUUCCUUAUUACCGGUGCCAUCCAACUGUGGAAGGAGUAAUCCAUGGAGUAUUGCUAAAUGUGUAAAGGAUGAUAAUUGUUACGAUCUGCAUUAUUUGUGCCCGCCACCAAAGGUAACGAAGUGUGUCAAAAGAGUUUGCACGUGUUCUAGUGUGACCGCUCUCAUCUAUUAUGUUCCCGAAUAGUUCCGUAUUAGUUUCUUAUCUAAGCCUAUAAUUUUAUAAUCAUGCUAUAUAAUCAAUACACUUAUCAUCUUUCCCACCCUCAAUUCAUAUUUCUCUUAGAUUUUAAUUUUAUAUUAAUCUCAUAAAUGUCAUUCAAUUUAAAAAAAUAUAUAAAAAAAAUAAAAUUUUCAAUACCAUGAAGUUAAAAUCUAUUACAAUAACUACAUAUUUAUUAGAAGAUAUGUAUGUGUUUAAUAUUAUUAUGCAAGGUUAUAUUUAAUAAGAUUUACAUGUGAUUUAAAAUGAACUAGAAUAUAAUCUUUGUGAUUCACGGACAAAUAUUCAAAACUUAUUAAUUUGAAAUAUGAUAAAAAAUUAAAUUAAAUAAUUCAAAAGGUAGUAUAUAUUAUUAAGAAUUCUGAAACUGAAAUAUAUGGUAAUAAUAUUUUAGAACUUGAACUUUCAUAGUUAAUCUUCAAUGUUGUAUGCAUAUAUUUAAAUUUAAAUAUAAUACAACUUAUUCAUUAAAAAUAAAAUAUAGUAAAAUAAUAAAAAAAUAGUACAGUAGGCACUUAAUAUAGAACAUAUGUUUGUAAUUAUUUAGAAGAAAGUUUGCUCUUUUUUUGUUGUAAAUAUAUAUUGAUGUGUACUAAAAACAUUAAAGUUCUAAAAUGUAACAAAUUAGGUUUGAAUGUAUGGUAGAAAGCAAAAUAAGUUGUGGUAAUAUUCUUUAUCAUAAUUUUAAUAAAAAUUUAUGGUAAGAUAUAAAACAUUUAAAUAUUUAUAUAACAUUUCAUUUAUAAAUUUAUAUUUUAGAAUCAAUUUUAUAUAAUGCAAUUGAGUUUUAUUUAUUGUAAAACGUUAAUUUAAAAUGGGGCAAAAUGAAACAUCAAAAAUAAAAUACAAAAUUUUAAAAUUUAUCCGACAUAUAUAAAACAAAAUAAUAAAACAAAAAAGAAUAUUAAUUUUUUGAUAAACAGAAUGGUGUGAAAUUUUUUUUUUUGGUGAUUACAUGUUGUUGUAGAACGAUUUCUUGUUGAUGAACUUAGCAUUUGCUACUUCUAUAAAUUUUUAACAUAAGUAUAUUAUAUGUUAGGGUUUUGACAAAUUGUGGUUAAUUAUUAGAACUAUUAUAAAAAUUAGGAUUUUGAGAAAAAAAAUUAAGAUGUAGGCACAUUCUAUAAUAAAAAACUUUAUCUUGUAACAAGUUUGAAAUUUUAUUACAAGUUUUAAAUAUACUACGAGUCUCGUGAUUUUCUCAACGAAGCCUAGCAGAUAUCUACCAUUAUAUGGUGGCACGAUGGAACAAAGUUUUACUUUUCGAUUUGCUUUAAACAUAAUAUCACAUGAGUUAUUGACCUACCAAUAUGUGUCAAAUAUGUCAUACACUAAUCAUAACUUUGAUAAUGAUGGAAGCAUGAUGAUAUGUGUUCUGGACCGGUCCAAUUAUCUCAAUUGGGCCAAUCUAUUUUUUGGCCCAAGGAAUUAAGGUCAACACAUGCGACAGCCUUUCCUGGUUCACUCUGGGCAAACGCAAGACUUAACCGAGCACGCCCAAGCCUCGUGCUCGGCAACUGCCAGCUCGUGUGUUCCUUAGCCUUGCGCCUCGCAUGGGUCUUCAAAAGGUGGAGUCUUUUCCGCGUAGGAUAAUCCUAUAAAUAGUCCUCUAGCCCUAGAGGGCAAGGUAAUCUCUUUUUCACCCAAAAUCUCUCACUUUGUUGUUGUACCUUGUUGCCCAAACGCUUACUUUGGCAUCGGAGUGCCUUGCAGGUACUAUGAUAGAGAGUUAAUAUAGUUAUUUAUUAUUUUAUAUUAGUUGUUGUUUUGUAAUAAUUUUAGAAUGUUCUUAGGAUAUUGUAAGGUUGUUGAAUUGGGCUUUUAUAAGUUUGGGCUUUAUUAAUUUAUCCAUUAGGAGUACUAUAUAUUGUAGUCUCAUUGAGACAUUAGGGUAUAAGUGAAAAGAAAUGAAGUUUAAUUUUCUUAGUUAAUUUUUAUUGUCUUUUAUUUUUACAACCUUCUUUAGUUUUGUUAGGGUUCAUAUUAUAGCUUCCUAACAACUGGUGCUUUCAUUAAUGCAGUCAAUCUCCAAUCCAUGGCAUAUUCUUACUACAAUCAUCCAUUUUAUCCUACAUUCACUCAUUCACAUUAUUCCACUCCAACCAUCAUUUCUGCUCCACCAUCCAUAAAUCCACAUCCUCCAUGUUACUAUUCAUCCUCAAAUCCUCCAUUUUCAACUUCCACUCCACACCAACAACAUAUACCUUUUGCUCCACCUCAACCUCAACCUCAAAAUUUCUUCUCUCAGCCAGAAACACUUCGCCAACUAGAAAUCUUAAAACAAUAUAUAACAGAAACUCAUGAGAUGGCAACUAAAUCUAGGGAAGAAUUGAAAGAACAGAUUGAAAAUCUGAGUAAUUCUUUCAAAGCUUCAUCACAAGAGUUUUUAGAUGUCCAAAGAAAACGCUUAGAAAAGUUUAAAAAAAUUAUUAUUGAAACAAAACCAGAACAACAACAAGAGGAAGAAGAAAAAUUCCAUGAUUCACUACAACUGCUUCCGACUGUAAAUCCGAUAGUAUUUCCGGAGUCUUUUCCGGCAAAAUCGCCGACUCCAACAGUUUUUUUGAGAACUCCGGCAACAACUCUGAUAAGUAUUCCGGCAGCAUAUCCGACGACUGCUCAGUCAUUUUCUCUAAGAAAAUUUCCACGGUCAUCUCUGAAGAAAACAUAUCUAUUGUUGUCGCCAGGAAAAACAGAACCGUCACCGGCAGAAACAAUUGUGUUGCCACCUAAGCAGCCGGAUUCACCAAAACCGCCACCUAAACCACCAGAUCUGCAACAGGUAUUGUCAGCACCAGAACCGCCACCGUUCAACAUUUUACACCUUCGACCUCCAUCAAAACCACCAGAUUUUCAAUCAUCUCCACCUUCGAAACUACCACUAAGACCACUAGAUUUGUAGUUCCAUGAUUUUUAAAUAUUUCAUUAUUUUUAUUUUCUUGGAAAGGAAAAAAAGAGAGAGUAAGAAUUAAUGAGGAAGA